UAUAGAGUCUCGUUUUCGGUUGGUGAAGGAUCAGAAGAGGAAGGGUUUUGUAGAGAGAGAGAGAGAGAGAGCACCAUUAAUGGCGGAAAUAUGCUGUGGUGCUGCCAGUGGAAGUGACACAGCGGCAUCUUGCGAGCCCAGUUCACGAGCAGCAAGGCGUCGAAGGAUGGAGAUUCGCAGGUUCAAGUUCAUCGCCGGCGUUGCCGUACCGUCUGAAAAUGGAAAUAAACGUCCGAAGCUAGAAGUUUAUCCGGAUUUAUCCCUGCGUGAGUGUGAGAACGCAGUUGAGAAUUGCGGCGGUGUUGCAGAGGUUCCGGAACGACGUUUGGAUCUGGAGGUGGAGGACGAUUCACCAGAAGCCAACGACCUCCCCAAUGGGUCGCCGGUCUGUUUGACCUCAAGCCCCUGUCGUUCCUUAGCUCCCGUCCAUGUCCAGCCGGUGUUGUUUGACCCGUGCCCAAAGUACGGUAUGACCUCUGUUUGUGGCCGUAGAAGAGACAUGGAAGACGCCGUGGCUAUUCACCCCUCCUUUUGCCCGCGUGAUAGUUUACAGCCCUCGGGGUUGCAUUUCUUCGGCGUUUACGACGGCCAUGGAUGCUCUCAUGUGGCGAAAUCUUGUAAAGAACGGCUGCAUCAGCUGGUGAAAGAAGAGGUGGAAAAUCGGGAAACACCUACAGAAGAAUGGAAGGAAGCGAUGGAGCGAAGCUUCUCUCGAAUGGAUAAGGAGGUUUCGGAAUGGAGUACCGAUAUACCGAUCACGAAUUGCAGGUGCGAGCUCCAAACACCACAGUGCGAUGCUGUAGGAUCAACCGCGGUGGUUGCCAUUAUCACUGCGGAUAAGAUUAUUGUCGCUAACUGUGGUGAUUCUCGUGCCGUACUCAGCCGUGGUGGGAAGGCCGUUCCGCUCUCUACUGAUCACAAGCCUGAUCGGCCGGACGAGUUAUCACGGAUUCAGGGUGCCGGUGGCCGGGUGAUAUACUGGGACGGAGCAAGGGUUUUGGGAGUACUGGCCAUGUCAAGGGCAAUAGGAGACAACUAUUUGAAGCCGUACGUGAUAUCGGAACCGGAGGUGACGAUAACUGAUCGGACAGAAGAGGAUGAGUGUCUGAUACUGGCGAGCGAUGGUUUAUGGGAUGUGGUGUCCAACGACACCGCCUGUAGUAUUGCACGGAAGUGCAUCGAUGGCCAAGCUCCAUCAUCACCUCCUCCGUCACCGGGGAAUAGCGGCGAUGCCGUGAAGGUGGGUAUCGCUGGCGAGACUUCCGACAAGGCGUGCUCAGACGCUUCCGUGUUACUCACCAAGGUGGCUCUUGCUAGGCAUAGUACGGACAACGUUAGUGUUGUCGUUAUUGAUCUCAAGAAGGACACGUAGCAGCACGUCGUUCUCUCCUGCUUCUGCCUUUUUUUAUUUUUUCCGUCUUUUCUCUCUGAUUUUUAAUUCUUCUUUUACUCGAUUCGUACACAGUGAUGGGUAUGUAUAAUUCACUGGU